AUGCCUUCUUCCAAGCCUUAUCCCCCUCCCCUCGUCAUCCCGCCUCUUAGGAAUGACCAACAUACGCAUACAAUCAUUCUCCUUCACGGCCGCGGCAGUAAUAGCGAGCGCUUCGGCCACGUCUUCAUCGAAUCGACGGGCAUCGCGAAGCGCCUCCCAACGACCAAAUUCAUCUUCCCCACCGCGAGGAAACGGCGCUCUACCGUACUGAAACGGAUUCCUAUCAACCAGUGGUUCGACAAUUACUCGCUUGAGGAUCCGAAUACUCGGACUGAAUUACAGCUUGAUGGACUACAGGAAAGUAGUGAAUUUCUUCGGAGAUUGAUUGAUGAAGAGGCGGAGCUCUUGUCGAAUGAUCCCGCUGUUGGCGAUGGGUAUCGUCGGGUCGUGAUUGGGGGUUUGAGCCAGGGGUGUGCGGCUUCUGUAUUCUGUCUCUUGGGGGGAUUUCCUUCUGUGAGAGAAGGUGGAGAGAGCAAAUUGCUUGGGGGAUUCAUUGGGAUGAGCGGGUGGUUACCUUUUGAAGGGGAGAUUGCUGGGUUAUUGAAAAUUGACGCAGGCGAUCGAGAAGGAUCACAAUCAGAAGCCGAAGAAGACUACGACAACCCGUUCGCCCACGAUACAGAUGGUGACGAUGUCCCCGCACACAUCCAGGCAGUCAAUCAUAUCCGGGAUAUUCUCGGUAUGCCGCCCUGUCAGUAUGACGCCGAUGACUCCGAGAAUGCGUUACAUCCCAAGGUGUCGGUAGACUUGGGACGACGGAUGGCGUCCAUCCUAUCUGAUGGGUUCGGGAUGGAUGUGACGUGGAAGGCAUAUGAGGAGUUUGGACACUGGUAUAAAGUGCCGAACGAAAUUGAUGAUGCGGUGCAGUUCUUGAAGGAGAAGGCUGGGUUUCCCGUUGUUGAGGAGGUUGAGUAG